GGUGCAAAUAGAAAAACCACACCACCAAAAUAACAGCGAAUCGUGUAUGUCCUCGAUGAGCUCGCCACUGUCCCUUCAGCUCUAGAUCUUUCGUGCUGAUUUUUUUUCAUUACUAUCUCUUGUUAAUCGACGAUGAAGUUGAUGUUGAUUAUCGAAUCGUGGGUAUAAAUUUCUCCACGAAAUUUUGUGCAAUUCGGUUAUUUUGGGGGAAAUUGGAAAUUUGCGCGAGUGAAGAUGCGAUUCAGUUCGUCAAUUGGGAUUUCCAGUGCCCUAGCCCUAGCAGGGAGGAAAUCGAGGUCGUUUUCGGCGGAGCAUUUCAAUUCGGUGCCGAGAGAGGCGGCGGAUGCGGUGGUGGUAGGCGGCGGCGUGGUGGGCAUAGCGGUGGCGCGUGAGCUUUCGAUAAACCACGGCAGAGAGGUUCUGGUUGUGGAAUCGGCGGCGACGUUCGGGACGGGGUCGAGUUCUCGCAACAGUGAAGUCAUUCAUGGUGGCAUCUAUUACCCUCGCAAUUCUCUCAAGGCAAGAUUUUGUGUUAGGGGACGGCAUUUGCUGUACAAAUAUUGUCGACAACACCAAAUUCCUCAUAAACAAAUUGGCAAGCUGAUCGUUGCAACUGGACCUAAUGAAGUUGCCAAGUUGAAUUUUCUGAUGGCUCGAGGAACUGAAAAUGGAGUUGAAGGCCUGAGAAUGAUGGAGGGACAUGAAGCUACGCAACUCGAGCCAGAAUUGCAAUGUACAAAAGCUCUACUAUCACCAGCAUCUGGAAUAAUUGAUAGCCAUUCAUUUAUGCUAUCCCUUCUGGGAGAAGCUGAGAGCCACGGUGCCAUUUUUUCUUACAAUUCGACUGUAAUUGGUGGUGAAUACAAAGAAGAUCAGAUUCAGCUUCACAUUUCCGAAAGCCAGGCUCUAAAAAACUGGGAUGGAAAGUCUCCAUUGAAGCCCAAUCUAAUUCUUACCCCCAAAGUUGUGGUGAAUUCAGCAGGCUUGGGUUCGAUUGCCCUUUCGAAACGAAUUAAUAGCCUCAAUCCCAGCGUCAUUCCACAACCCUACUUUGCCCGCGGCUGCUAUUUUACAUUAUCAAACAGUGGCACUCCUCCCUUCCGACAUUUGAUCUACCCUAUACCCGAAGAUGGUGGCCUUGGAGUGCACGUCACUUUGGACUUAAAUGGCCAAGUUAGAUUUGGUCCAGAUGUUGAAUGGAUCAACGGUGUCGAUGAUGUUUCAAGCUUCCUUAACCUAUUCGAUUAUUCUGUGCCUGGGGAUCGUGCAAGCCUGUUCUACCCGGAAAUAAGAAAAUACUAUCCAUCUCUGAAGGAGAAGUCAUUGGAACCCGGAUAUGCCGGCAUUCGAUCAAAGCUGUCUGGCCCGAAGCAGACUCCUGCCGAUUUUCUAGUUCAGGGAGAGGAUGUUCAUGGCAUACCCGGGCUUGUAAAUCUCUUUGGCAUCGAAUCCCCGGGGCUGACCUCAAGCUUGGCCAUUGCUGAAGAUGUUGCUUCCAGAUUAUCCAAGUGAGUUUCUCUUUUAGGCUUUCGACAUUUGAUACAAGAUUAUAAAUAUGGUAGUCGUGACGCUUUUAAUGUUAAAUAAAUUUAUAUUAUAAUAUAAAAAAAUAAAAAUAAUUGUUUGAUUUAA